AUGGUCGUCACAAUUGCUUUGGUGGUGCUCAUGUUUCUGGUAUGCCUCAAGCGGUCCAUGAGCAGAGAACUCGCCAGGGCUCCCCGAAAUUCGACGACAGGCGACUCCACUCAACCUGCUCCUGCUCCUGCUGCUGACCAAAAUGCGUCUACUAACCGAGGCAGGAGGCCUCGGCGCAUGCCCAGUCAGAUCUCAACCAAGUCGUUGCCACCGGGACCGCUGGAUAUGGAGGACCAACUUCCAAACCCGAUACCCACCCUCGGCGAGGUCGACGAAACUCCCGAUGCUAGUAUGACCCAUUUCAACAUCUCUCUGGAUCGUGUGGUAUCGCGAGAUACGUUACCUGAUGGUUCGACUGCACAUCUAGUACGGAGCCUCACUCCCGGGAGUGUCGAUCUACGCAGCCUAGAGUCCUCAUUACAAUCACAUAGCACUAAUGCCGAGCUACUUGUUUCUCAUCAACGGACGCUAUCGCGUGACAGUGACCUCGACUUGAGGGGCGAGGCACCACCGUAUUCGGAGGAGGCGGUUGCGGGUGGGGAUCCCUCAGCUUUGCCUCCACCUCAACCAUCGCUUCCCCCUGAAUUGGGAAUACCAGUUCCUCCUUUGGCUCAUGGUAAUCCGGAAGAUCGACGUUCGCGUUUCGGCUUCCUUCGUUACCCGUUCAAUUCGCAUACCCGUGCUACUUCUACAACCGCCAACACUCGCACUGCUGUACCGGCGACGCACGCUCGUAGUGGAUCCGCACAUACACUAGCGUCCUCCGACUACACUGCUGCUAGUCGCCCUACAACACCCAAUAAUGCCUCCGGGUCAAGCUUGUUAGCACUUCGUGGCAUUCGUACUCGUGCCUCGUCUACAGGAACUGCAGCGUUGUCCUCCCCCUCUAUGAUAUCCCUCCACUCUAUCUCUGCGCCCCUCCCACAUACCCUCACACGAACAGAAUUCCGCAUACCUCGUGGCGGACUCACUCCAGAACAAGUCAAGAUCAUAACCGCACGGGACGCCCCGGAGCGCUUUGGGCGCCCAUACGGGCCCGCAGCUGUCGCUUUUGCAGGUUCGCGAGUGCUUGUAACGUCGGAUGCCGCCGAUACACUUCCGCCAGAGUUUGAUGAGGCAGUGGGCACAAUCGCUGGUAGUUCCAGCGCUGAUGCCACCGCAACCCUUAAUGGAGAAGGAGAGCCGGAGGAAGCGGAAGCUCGCGCCCCAUCGGCACUAACGUCGUCCCCUGUUUCUGAUACCCCUAUCAUGACCUCAUCUCACCACAUUUCCCUCACUUCGGAACAGCAACAGUCAGCGGAAAUCCGCGUCUACACCGAUGCUACCAACACCGAUCAGUUCUCUCGUGCUGCGGAUCUGGAUGAAGCGAUGACAUCUCUGUCAGCUCGGCCACCUAGUGUUACACCUGCAGUGCAGGAUCCGGUGAAUUCUUGA